CAGACUGCCUGCGCUUGUGCAUCGCGACUGAACCCUCAUCUAUUGUCACUUUGUCGUCGGUUCCGGAUAUUGGUAUUUCUUAUUUGCAGGGCAUACUGAAAAAUGGAUUACGAGGAUCGCCCAAAGCUGUCGGUCGACGCGGAGAAAGAAAUCACCAGAUUAUGGCGGACCUGGAGGACGGUUCUCGAGAUGCUCGUUGACAGAGUAUGCGCCUAGGACGCAAUAAGGAGCAGUAAGCAUACUGACAGCUUGCCAGGGAUAUGCGAUCUCUGCGGAUGAACUCACAAUCUCCCGAGACAAGUUUCAGCACGACUAUUGCGAUAAACAGACUGGUAUCGCAGAUCGGAGAAUGAUGAGAUUGCAAGCUGUGCCCACUCCAGAAAUGAUCAAACGCGAUACACCUCGACCAACCAAGCAGAAUCCGGAACCUUUAACCACCGCAGGUACGAUCUGGGUAGAAUUCAGUCCUGAGACCACAAUCGGCAUCAAACAUUUGCGAGCAUUUGCUCAGCAUCUCGACCAGCACAAAUUCACUACCGGAAUCUUCAUCACCAUCGGACCGGUGACGGCCGCCGCCCUUCGUGCAUUUGAACCACUCUCCGAACGAGGAAUCACCGCGGAAUGGUUUCAAGAGCAGGAUCUGCUUGUAAACAUUACUAGACAUGAGUUGGUACCAAAGCACGUCUUGCUUAGUGCGGAAGAGAAAAAGGUCCUGCUUGAUCGAUAUCGACUGAAGGAGACGCAAUUACCUCGCAUCCAAUACAGCGACCCUGUAGCGAGAUAUUUGGGCCUCAAGAGAGGAAAUGUGGUCAAGAUCAUCCGAAAGAGUGAAACUGCUGGUCGGUAUGCCAGCUACCGAUGGGUGUUUUGAUGUCGGAAAUUGCUUUACAGCGUGGAGUUGGGGGUCUCAAAAUACUGGCAUUGCUUGGAGCUCAGGAUGGGAUGGAAGCAUAUUGACUCCUGGCAGAUGGACUGUCGGCCUUACUGGCUCAGGCAAUACUACAUUGGGGGUGGGAUCAGGGAAAUGAUAGCCAACGCUCGAAAUAAAGACUUCUGGCUCAAUAGAUCGUGCUGAUAUCUCUCGCGCCUUCUUCUGAGAACGAG